GCCUCUUUUUUGAGGAAUCCAUCAAGCGGUCCACUCUGCAUGUCGAUGGGACUGUUGUACGGAAUACGUCUUUACGUCCUUAGUCCUUCGGACGUUGGGUAAUCAGCAAUCUACGCUCAUCAACACCAUAUUCACCCUCUCACACUGUCACGGUUUUCACUUUCCUUCCACCGUCUAUACUGCUCAUCCUCACUAUCAUUACGAGCCAUUGCUACUCCGGGCCAGGAUGUCGAUUACAGCCCUUCCCGAGGGCACCAUUCGUCGACUGGGUUCUGCGCCUAUCAUCAAUAGCCCUGUGCUCCUCCUCAAAGAGCUGCUGGACAACGCCAUCGACUCUGGCGCCACUUCUAUUGAAGCUCUUGUCUCUCCAAAUACAGUUGACAAAAUUGAGGUCAGGGAUAACGGCCAUGGUAUUCGUGUUUCUGACCUGCAUCAUCUUGGCCGACCGGGCCACACCAGCAAGCUCAGGUCAUUCGAAGAGCUGGGCACACUCGGAGGGAGCACCCUGGGAUUCCGCGGUGCUGCGCUGGCGAGUGCCAACGCUCUUGCACAUGUUUCUCUGACGACCAGGGCGACAUCCGAACCUGUCGGAACAGCCGUCUCUCUUGCCGAGGGAGGGGGCAUCGGCACACAACGGCAUGUUGGCGCGCCGGUCGGCACCACUGUCUGCGUGAGCAGUUUAUUCUCUUCUCUUCCUGUUAGGCUACAAGUGGCCGUCAAGGAAGCACCAAAGAGUCUCGACAAAAUGAAGGACCUUCUGCGGUCGUACGCGCUGGCAAGACCCUCAAUCAAGCUGCGAUUCAGUGUCCUGAAGAAGCCCAAUCUCUCGUGGUCUUACGCCCCGCCGCUGAAUGCCGGCGUCAGAGAUGCAGCCAUGCAGCUCUUCGGCAUUGAACUCGUGUCCCAGUGCUCCUUCCAUAUUUUUCCCAGCGAAGGACCGCGAGCAGAAGCCGAAACCAGGAGCGUACAGGGGGAUCCUGGCUUGCCGUCCGAGGAAGAAGGGCGACUGGUCUUUGAAUCACUCCUACCGAGCCUCAAAGCCGACCCCCGGAAGAUCAACAAAGGAUGCUUUCUCUCCGUGGACGGUCGACCGAUUUCACCAGCACGAGGGACGGCCAGGAAACUCUCCUCCAUCUUCAGGAGACGGCUGGGUAACUACUUCGCCCAAUCUCACUCAGGCGACAUACUCCAUGACCCUUUCAUCGCACUGAACAUUCGAUGUCCGCCAGGCAGCUACGACGUCAACAUUGAGCCUUCAAAGGAGGAUGUUCUCUUCAGGGAAGAACGACAUCUCCUGGACCUGUUUGAAUCUUUCCUCUCCUCUGUGUAUCCCGCCUCUGAGGUUGACAUGGCCUCCGCUCUGGAUGACCUUGACGAUCAUGACGAUGGCGUGAGCUGUGAUGACCUUUCACGGCAAAUACAACUGAAAAGCGACCAAGAUCCGGCUGCUCUCCUCGAUGACGACGUAGGCGGAAAAGGCAACGGGCAGCUCUCCAAAGAAGCCAUGAACCCCUGGUCUAUUGCCAAACUGGUUGGGACGAACCGUCGGGACAAGCCGCUGGCCGACGGGCCCGGGCAGAAGAUUCAUCAGGAGGUUCAUCUGCGGCCUUCGGAGAGUGAGGGCAGUACAGCCAGCGACAAACGCCCAUUGGAGCCACCCAAUCGCCACACUAGAGAUAACAAACCCCAGCUGCAAGCCACGCCACCCCAGGACAUCAGCCCCCAAGUGAACCUGGGAGCAGCUGCCAAGUCCACCUGGUCGUCGGGCGACCACGACAGGCCUUGCCGCAGCCGCGGGUUGCAAAGUCCACCGACGUCUUCUCCUCACGAUUCCGUCUUCGAUGAACCAAGUCCAACGGAACGCCUCCGCCGACGCCACAGGGCAGGAUUAAACCGCCUGGCCCAGUCCCAGAUCUCAUUCGACAGGAACAACAGACGGCAACGGCACCAUAAGCGGAUAGAACUGGACGGUGACCAUCAGCUCUCCGAGCCCUCGAGUUCGCAGCGACACAAAAAGAACUCGGCAUGGACGAGUCCACUGGGCCUGGAACCGGCGAGGUCCAGGAGUGCGUAUCCUGCGGAAACAGAGCCCAGGCGGGGAAGACCGAUCUCGCAGGCAUCGCUGUCUCGACCAUUUCCAUCACCCAGCGCAGCUGGUAUUGGAAUACUGACACCAGUUCGCCGGCGGCUCGGUUCGGGUGGAGAAAGGCCGCAGCCGACUGAUCCCGGUGUGCGUCCCAUUGAACCAGAAGGUCCCAUGACAUCCAACACACGGAAAAAGCCCAUGGGAAUGAAGACGGAACAAUUACCCCUCGAGACAAUCCCAAAUGAUUCCCGAACGUGCGGUCUGUCGUUCACAGUGACGAUAGACGCAUGUCAGCUCGCACGGCUGCUUGUUGAAGCAGCCAAACACGACAAAUGGUUAUUUGACGGGCAGUUGAUGGGGGCUUUUGAAGACGGAAAGGAGCCCGAGGACACAGCCACGCUGCUUGAACCUCUCCUAGCGCAGAUCACCGGCCGACUGACAGCGAAGGCUUGA